AUGCUGGCCCUCCCUAACACAAUUACAAGAGAAGCAAUCCCUCCUGGUUUCAUAGAUUUCGCUUCCUCUUCAUUCGAUGCCAUCUUGUUUCCUAAUGCUCCUGCCGAAGUAACACCUACUGCAGCUGCGCAAAAUGAUGGCGAGAUCAAAAGAAGAACGUCCCAUUUACCUGACCUGAUUCCGUUCAUCCAACUUAUUACUGACAAAUGUGAUGUCCAACCUAUUCAUAUGGUCAUGGCACUCAUGUACGUUCAAAGAUUCAGGAAAUCAUUGCCUGCUGGAUACAAGGCUGAACCUGAAGCUGCUCAUCGUAUUUUUGUUGCAUCUCUGCUGGUUGCUAGCAAGUACAGUGAAGAUCGUUGUCUUUCCACAAAGCAAGUUGUUAGAGCUACGGGUGAUGUUUGGUCCAUCAAGGAAAUUACUCAAAUGGAAUUAGCUUUCUUGAGAUUCUUGCAUUGGGAUCUUUAUGUGAGUCAUGAGGAGAUAACCAAAUUUCUUCAUGAUUUAGGAUUUGAUAUUCGAUCUAUUCUACCCAAUCGUCCUAUCCUGUUGGAUGAUACUCUUUAG